AUGGAUAGAAAAUCUGCUAGAAUAAAAGCAGAGUUGCAAAGUUAUGGUUGGAGAGUUUCGAAGAAGUUUAAAUAUAGGAAGGGAAGACCCAUAAAAGUCUAUGACAAAUUGUCUGGUCUUCGCUACGAAAUGGAUUUGGAAACAGCACGUGCCAAUUAUCCAAACAGACUAGAGAGGUUAGAAGAAGAACGUCUUAUGGACAUGCCUUUCGAUGUUAGUGAACCUCAAGUUGAAGGACACGACGGCUUUGCCAGAUUCUACUGGAAACAUGACGAACAAUUGCAUCCUUUGAGAAGGAAAAAAGGAAAAGGUGAAGACGCACAUGCUCCCAUAGAAAGAACAAGAUAUGCAUAUGAAAAGUAUCGUGAAGUUAGAAGUCAAAUUACAUCUGGUCGAACCUUUACAGUAAACUUUGACGAAGGAAAGAACAAAGAAGGCUUCAUGGGU